GUCCGAAAAUCAGGUGACGUCACCAGCUGACAACAGCUUUGCUAGUUAAAUAACUUAAACAUAUUAAAUUCUAUUCUAUUCUGUUCUGUUCUGUUCUAUUCUAUGAUGCACAGGCACAAAAGUAGGCCCAUGGUGUCUGCUGAUAUGUGAAUUUUUAAUCAAUACCAAAUCUGUCUCAUGUUCUGUGUUGCUGUACAGGUUGAAGACAUCAUGGGAAACACUCAUCGCCAGUGCAGCAUUGAGGUUGAGAAUAAGACCUCCAAGUACACCCUGUGUAACCCACGUUGGUACACUUACAGUGGAUUCUGUAAAACACCUUUUCCACCAACGCUUGACCCCUCUAAAUCUGGCAGCGCUCUGUUCAUCAAGACUCCUGGCGCAGCCUGUGGAUCUGUUGGAGUCUUCACCUACGAUCUCCUGAAUGGAUCCACAAAUCAAAACGAUGGAAAAAUAGCUGUCAUGUUCUCUAAUCCUUUUGAUUUCAACCUGUACUCUAACUCGUAUGCAGUGGGAGUCUUUGACAUGGCCAAAAAAUGUGAUUGUGGUCUUUAUAAGGAGAUGUAUUACGAUGCAGAGAGAAAGUUUGUCAGAGGUAAAGCUGCAGACGGCACUCUGACUCAUGAAAGUAAACUUAAUACCAUCACAGCCACCAUGUCAGACAGUUACCAACCUGACAUCAAGGUGCAAGUUCUCAAAAUUCCCCGAGAUGCCUUUGAAUAG